AACAUGGCCGAAGAAAAGGCGCUGAAAUUUAAAAUUUUAGCAAAAUGUAGUCGUUCUAAAGCCCGAGUAUCUAUAAUUUCCCUACCACAUUAUGAUGUUGACGCUCCAGUAUUUAUGCCUGUUGGUACACAGGGUACAUUGAAGGGAAUGACUUCUUAUCAAUUGGAAAAGAUUGAUUGUCACAUAAUUCUUGGGAAUACAUAUCACUUGGGAAUGAGGCCUGGAACCGAUGUCUUAAAGAAAGCCGGGGGUCUGCAUAACUUUAUGAAUUGGAAACGAGCAAUGCUGACUGAUAGUGGUGGCUUUCAAAUGGUAUCAUUGUUAAAACUCUCAGAAGUCUGUGAAGAAGGAGUGAAAUUUCAAGCUCCUCAUGACAGUUCAGAAAUGCUACUAACUCCAGAAAAAUCUAUGGAGAUCCAGAAUGCAAUUGGAGCGGACAUUGUAAUGCAACUUGAUGAUGUCAUUAGCAGCUUAACAACAGGUCCAAGGGUAGAAGAGGCUAUGUAUAGAUCAAUUAGAUGGUUGGAUCGCUGUAUAAAAGCUCACAAAAGGCCUACUGAACAAAAUCUGUUUCCAAUUAUUCAAGGAGGACUUGAUUUUAAAUUGCGAGAAAUAUGCUGUAGAGAAAUGGUGAAGAGAAAUUGUCCAGGUUAUGCUAUUGGAGGUUUAAGUGGUGGAGAAGAGAAAGAAUUAUUUUGGAAAACGGUUUCAUUGUGUACAGAUAAUCCGGAGGACAAACCUCGAUACUGCAUGGGAAUUGGAUACACAAUUGAUUUGAUUGUUUGUGUUGCUUUGGGUGCAGACAUGUUUGAUUGUGUCUAUCCCUCAAGGACUGCACGUUUUGGAACAGCAUUAACUGCAAAUGGACCACUCUCAUUAAAGCAUCAAAAAUUUGUUGAUUUCACUCCUAUUGAAAGUGAUUGUUUAUGUUCAACAUGUCGUAACCAUACACGCGCUUAUGUUCACUCUUUGUUCAAUCGUGAGUCAGUCGGCUGUCAUCUUAUUACUACACACAACAUAUUUUAUCAGAUGAGACUUAUGAAAGAAAUGCGUGACAGCAUUAUGAAUGAUGAAUUUCCCAAAUUUGUUCGUAAGCGUCUUAAUUCACUGUAUCCUCAAAGGAACUUUCCACCAUGGGCUGUGAAUGCUCUGUCGUCCGUGCAAAUUGAUCUCACUUGAAGUAGAUGAAGGCUCAUUGGAGGAGAUGUGCCAGGAAGACAAUCCUGCGCGAAGACAAAAAAUUCCUUACGCAGCUGACUGAAAUUAGCUUGGAGUACUCAUCCCAAAGGAUUAUUUAUGUAUUAUACGUAAUUACUGAGAGACAGAAAUAAAUAUACCCCUAGACCCCAGUUACACGUAGCUGUCACAAGGUCACAAUUAA